CAACCAGUAUUACCCGAUAAACUAUUACAUUUGCAAUUUAAUGUGAAUGUUAACAAAAAAGAAAACAAUGAUAAGACUGUCUAUCUUUUUUAUUCUAAUUGAAAAUGCAGUUUAAAUGAAAAAAAAAUUAAAUUUUUGAAGAUAAAUGUAAUUUAAGUGAAAUUUGCUAAGAAAAAUGAAUUAGAUGAGAAUAUAUCUAUAAAUUGAAACGAAAACAUCAACCGUUCAUUAGUUUUUCUACCAAAGACACAUUAAAUCAAUUACAUUUCAAUGAUAAAUUAAAAUCAAUUUCAUGCGAAAUGUUCGCAGUUCAAAUUUUGAGCCGUUGUCAUUUUAUAAAGUAAUACUGUUUGUUUCUUCUCUUCACUGACACCACUCCAAAUGUGUGGUUAUGUUAUGACAAAUACAUUUGACGUAAAUCGAAAUUUGUUUGUAUUUAUGCGAACAACGUACUGUUUCAUACGCAAUACAUUGAGUAAAUUUGUUUUCCAAUUUUCCGGGGAAGUUUCAUAGUUUCUUUUUCAUCUUGAAUUGAGUGCUAAAUUUGGCGAAAAAUGAAUAAACCAAAGAUAACCUUUGGAAAAAUUCAACUGAACGUUAAAAAGGAUGAACCAAUCGAAACAAAUAAACCAGCAGAAGACAAAGUUGAAGUCGCACCAACGUCAGGCUUUGGAACAUUUGGAAAGCAAGAGAGAAAUUCAAUCAACAAUGCCAUCGAAGAUCUAGCUCUCGAUGAUGCAGAGAGUCAACAAGUCAAAGACAUAAUGGGCAUCUCAGAAUUUGGACGACGCGCCAAAUCUUUUGAUAUUACUAAAGAAAUUGCGAAGGCACGUGAAAAAUCUACCGUUUCAUCAACAAGCACCAGUUCGGAACAAAAAACCGACGGAAAGGCCAACGAAAAUGCAUCAGAUAGUAGCAAUAGUGAUGAUGAUGACGAUGAUGAUGUCGUCGGACCUUUGCCACCGAAAGAUUUCCAACCAACAGAACAGACCUCAAAAACAAAGAAGAAAACCGAUGACAAUGAGUCAGCCGACAGUUAUGAUGACCUGAGCGAUUCAGAGGACGAUGAUGAAUCAAAUGUUGGUUUGGCAAAUCGAAUUCCAGCCUCGCAUGAAGUGACAAUGGUACAUGGAACUCGAUCGGUUUUGGCAUUGGCCAGUGAUCCAUCUGGGGCUCGUUUGGCAUCUGGAUCCAUAGAUUCAAGCCUUUGCUUUUGGAAUUUUGCCGGUAUGGAUACGUCAAUGCGCAGCUUUCGUACAUUGAACCCGGCCGAAAACUAUCCAAUUCGAGCUUUAUGCUACAGUGUUACGGGUGAUAUGAUCCUGAUCGUAUCGGGAAAUUCGCAGGCAAAAGUAUUGGAUCGUGAUGGUUUUGAAAAAUUAGAAUGUGUAAAGGGUGAUCAGUACAUAGCCGAUAUGUCACGUACAAAAGGUCAUACAGCUCAGUUAAUGUCCGGUGCAUGGCAUCCGCAUCAAAAAGGUGAAUUUCUAACCAGUGCCAUGGACUCAACGCUACGCAUUUGGGAUGUGACAAAUAAAAAUCAUCACAAAAUAAUAAUAAAAGUGCGUAGCCAAGGUGGCCUGAAAACGGUGCCAAAUUCAUGUGCAUUCACACCUGAUGCAACGCUCGUGGGCACCGGUUGUGUUGAUGGUUCCAUUCAAAUGUGGGACACACGCAAAACAUUCGUCAGUACGACACAUUGCAUUCGACAGGCACAUCAGAAGGGUAGCGAAAUAUCAUCGAUACAGUUCUCGUAUGCGGGAAACAAAUUACUGUCACGAUCAUUGGAUGAGACCAUGAAAAUCUGGGACAUGCGUGCACUCAAACAACCAUUGCAUAUUUUUGAUGAUUUAUACGCACGGUAUGACACGACCGAUUGUUGUUUCAGUCCAGAUGAUAGACUCGUUGUUACCAGUCAAUGUUUGCCGAAAGAUUACAGCCCGGAAAAUCAAUCACAGUUGGUCCUUUACAAUGCAAACACAUUUGAAUUGGUUAAUAGAAUUAGCGUGACCGAAGCGCAUGUAAUCAAAACGUUAUGGCAUCCAAAAUUAAAUCAAAUAUUUGUUGGUUGUGGCGAUGGAUCCAUUAAAUGUUAUUAUGAUGAAAAGCGCAGUUUCCGUGGCGCUAAGCUUUGUGUCACCAAAACGUAUCGUAAGAAAAAGCAUGCUGAAAUUGGUGGCAUUUCACAAGUUAUUACACCACAUGCAUUGCCAAUGUUUAGACAGGAGAAAUCACGAUCGUCAAGGAAGAAGAUGGAAAAAGAUCGACUGGAUCCGGUUAAAUCACGACGACCAGAUUUACCAAUCACAAGUGGUCAAGGUGGUCGAGUUGCAUCAUCUGGUGGUACGUUGAGCUCGUACGUUAUUCGAAACUUGGGUUUAAGUAAGCGAGUGGAAGACGAUCAAGAUCCGCGUGAGGCAAUCUUGAAAUAUGCAAAAGAAGCCGAGGAAGAUCCAUACUGGAUUGCGCCGGCAUACUCAAAAACGCAGCCAAAAGCCAUCUACAGCUCUACCGAAACCACCGAAGGUGAACCUGAAGCGAAAAAACCCAAACAAUCAUAAAUUUAAACUAUUCAGUAUCAUUAUAUUCUAUUUUUGCUCAUUUUAUACAGAGCAACAAUUUCCAGAUUUGCUUUAAUGAAAAAUCAUGUCAUUAAUUAGUAAAUUAGAAUAAAGACUGUCUAUCUAACUAGCUAACAAGGUUUGCUUCUAGUUCAUGUGAAAUCUAUGGAAUAAAUGUAACUUUUAUUGUAAAGAUGUUUGUGAGAUAAAUAUUUGUGUACAGAAAAAUCACAAA